AGAAUGUGGGUAAAACACACCGGAAGCACGUGUUUGGGCAGUCCAUGCGUUUCCUUGCUGGGUAGAAGUAGAGAAAACAUUAGUUUUUAAUAAUUGGUAAUUCAUUUAAUAGUGAAACUGUUUAAAUAGCAUUUAAAAUCAUAUUUAUUAAAGACGAGCAUUUCUAUGAGAUGCCCAGCAAAACAUAAAUGCUGUUUUUUUUUUCUUUCUGUUAACUGGUUUCUUUUGUCUAGAAGAUGAAGAUCAAGCGCCAGAAACACGCCAAGAAACACAUAAGUUUUUUUAAAUACAACUUCGGUUUACGGGAACCCUUUCAAAUAUUGAUAGAUGGCACAUUUUGCCAAGCCGCUCUGAAGAAUAAAAUCCAGAUUAAAGAGCAAAUGCCGAAAUAUCUAAUGGGAGAGGUGCAACUGUGUACUACGAACUGUGCUUUAAAAGAACUUGAAUCUCUUGGGAAGGAGCUGUACGGAGCAAAACUAAUCUUGCAGAGGUUUCAGAUUCGCAAAUGUGACCAUAUGAAGGAUCCAAUUGCUGCAUCGCUGUGCCUCAAAUCUAUGCUUGGAGACAGUAACCCUCACCACUACUUCGUUGCUACACAGGACCAAGACCUGACCGCUUCUGUGAAGAACAUUCCGGGAGUCCCGCUGAUGUUCAUCAUCCAGAACACGAUGGUGUUGGACAAGCCUUCUCCGAAGUCGCAGGCUCACGUCCAGGCGAGGCAAGCUGGUCAGCUGGUGACGGUCGAGCAGCAGCAGAGCAUCCGGGCUCUGAAGGAGCAGCAGGGGCUGCAGGAAAGCACAGAGCGCAGAGGCAAGAAGCGCAAGAGGAAGGGAGCCCCCAACCCCCUCAGCUGUCUAAAGAAAAAGAAAAAAGCAGCUGCACCGCCACCGAAGGCGGCCGAGGGCCAGAGGAAACGGAGCCGUCACCGAAAACAUAAAGCGACGAUACGCUCACCUCCUGUGUGCGUUACACCGGCUUCCGCAGCUGUUAAAGAAUAAGACAUUCGUGCUGUACAGGUGAUCAUGCUAAUCCUGCAUCGCCUGGUUCCAUUUACAUUCACAGGACAAAUAAGGCCACAGUAGAACGGAAUUCUCAAAAAUGCACCAAAUAAAAACUUAUUUUUUUAAGAGUUGUUCGAUGUGAAUCAGUCAGCAACACUUUGCUGAUGCCAAGUUGUUUUACUUAAAAUGACUAUUCUCCAGUAUUUACUGGUCCACAGCAGCAGUUUUGUACUGAAAAUCUUUGCUUAUAGCAACCCAUUCUUUCAUUCAAUAUAUGAAAAGCAAAAUGCGACCUGAACUACAAGCUUGGCAUUGAAAUAAACUGGUUACCAGCAA